UUAAAAUUGACUGAGUAUAAAAUGCCUAAUCAAUUAAAUCGAUCAAACAAUCAAAAUGUAGACUGUCAAAAUGAUGAAAGUUCAAAAGAAUUAAUUGACAAAGUAGUACCAGAAAUUAAACCAAAGGAUAGAUAUAAUUUGGCAUAUAUUUCGUUCUUUGUACUUGGUAUGACUUCAUGCCUACCAUGGUUAUUUUUUUUAAAUUCGCAAAUUUAUUGGAAGUAUAAAUUUCGUAAUACAACACUGGAUAAAUUUGAGUCUACCAAUAACACAAGUUCUUCAAAGCUACAAAAUUAUUUUACUGCUUAUUUGGAUACCGCCAGUGCAGUGCCAUAUUCUGUGUUUGUUAUUGUAAAUAUUUUUAUGCAUAAAUGGAUUUCAUGGAGAAUAAGAGUAAUAAUAACGCAAUUAGGAAUAAUAAUGCUGUUUCUGGUAUCAACAAUAUUUGUAAAAAUAAAUACUGAUGAAUGGCAACAUUUAUUUUUGAAAAUAACACUGAUAACAGCAGCUGGAUUAAAUGCACUUGGUUCAAUACUUGCUGGAACAAUAUUUGGUGUUGUUGGACAUUUUCCACCAAAAUACAUAUCAUCAUGUUCACAAGGACUAUCAUCAAGUGGUAUAUUAUCAACAAUUUUACAAAUACUAUCAUUGUGGCUGAGCACUGGACCAAUUGCAACUGGUUUUAUGUAUUUUUUAAUCGGUCUUUUUAUUUUUCUCUCUUCAUUUUUUUCAUAUAUUUUUCUAGAGAAACAGGAAUUUUUUAAGUAUUAUAUUAAAAAUAAGCCAGUCAAUAAAAAAUCCAUUUAUUGUGAUGAUGAUACAACAAGUUCAGCUGAAAAUAAUUCAGUGUCAUAUAUGAAAAUUUUAUUUAAAAUUUGGCCAUAUGGAUUGAGCAUGUUCAUAACAUUUUCUGCGACAUACGGUGUAUUUCCAGCAAUUAAUACACUUGUAAAGAGUGAAGCACCAAGCAAAACCGAGUGGUACCAAAAAUACUUUGGAUCUGUGGCAACAUUUCUCAUGUUCAGUAUAGGUGAUUCUUCUGGAUGUUUAUUGUCACGAUAUUCUACUUGGCUGAUAGGCAAACCUGGCUUGGUACUUACACUUUCAAUUACGAGGAUUAUAUUCAUUCCAAUUAUAUUAGUUUGUAAUAUUUCUGAUUAUCCUGAUAAACAAUUACCCAUCUACAUUACAAAUGAUUUUAUCUACAUGGGAUUGAUGAUACUAUUUUCCAUUACUCAUGGAUACAUGUGGUCAGCUUUAUUUGUUUUAAUUCCCAGAGUGGUGGAUUCAAAAGAACAAGAAGUUUCAUCGUCAAUGCUUACUGCAUUUCUUGGAGUAGGAUGUAUAGCUGGUGCUAUAAUGAGUUUUUUUUAUCUUACUUUAUUAUAAAUAAAAAUAAAAAAUAUA